AUGGCCGAAGUCGGGCGCAAGCGCGUGCUUGAUGGCGAAGGCCCCCAACAUUCCGCCAAAGACGACCUUUUGACUUCGCUCAAAGACCUGGUCGAGACCGAGACCGACCGCAACCCUCACUUGUUAUCCAAGGACCCCCGCAUGGCGACUACGCUCAUCGAAGGCGCCGGAGAGCGCAUCAAUAUCUAUGGCAACAUCAUGAACACGGUCAGCUCUUUGCUCGACAACUUGAUCAAGGAGCAGGGCCUGCCCAAGAUGCGAGAGUACAGGGCUCUCGAGAUUGGUGCAGAAGCUGCUGCUGAAGAGGAACAGCGAGGAAGUAAGACCGAGGAGGAAUGGGCAGCCGAGGCCGAGACGCGGAGAAAAGAACGAGAAGCAAUCAGGGAGAAGGAGCUCGAGCAUCAGCGUCAGAUUGAGCGGGAAGAGAGGGCAAAGAAGGAGGAGCGGAAGCGGCGAGAGAAGGAGCAGGAUGAAGCCCGCGAGAAGGCAAGACAGGAAGAAAAGGAGCGGAGGCGCAAGGAGCGCGAGGAACGUGACCGCGCCGACGUUGAGCGCCGACGCAAAGAACGGGAGCGCAUCGACAAGGAGAGGGAAGAGGAGCGUGCGCGUCUCAAGAAGGAGAGAGAAGAGCACGACGCCACCCGCGAGGCCCGUCUCCAGAGGAUUCGCGAUGAAGAUGCUCAACGAGUUCGAGAGCUAGAAGAGAAACUCGAGCGAGAGCGCGCAGUCGGACACCUGAACGAGACCGGUCACGCGAUCGACGCCGUGUUCGCGAUAGAAGUCGGCGAAGGACCUUCUGUCAAGCCAGAGGACAUCAAGGUCGAUGACGAUUUGGCUUUGCAGCUCCUACUACAGGAGAGCGAGCAAAUGAAGAAGUCUCGACAACGACCCGCCCUGGAACGAUCAGAAUCGCUCGAGCCUCCCAUGCGCAGAGCACAGCCACCUAAGUCGCUUGUACCACGCGACCCUGUUGCUACUCGACUUGCGAAGCUUGACAGCAAAUCGCAAUCGCCUGCACCAUCGCCAGAGAAAGAGCCAGCGACACCCAAAGGAGACGGAGACGUCGAAAUGGAAGAUGCUCCGCAGACAGACAAAUCGCGAGACACGACUUCCCGAUCUCGAUGGGACAUUAGGCCUGCCCUACCGACAAAGGACGACAAGUCGCGCGGCCGCUCGAGGUCUCCCAGCAUCGCGCAUAGCACGCCAAAACUCGUUCGCCAUCUCGAGGCAGUCGUUACGAUCGUCGACCAUCUCGCAUCGAAGAUGAUCGCAGGUCUCGCAGAGAUGAUGACAGACAUUCUUACCGUCCACGCGACGAUCGAGACGACAGGCGAUCGCGCCGCGGAAGUCGGAGUCGUUCUCGCGAAACUGCCAGCCGUCGCAAGUCCCGCUAUGAUUCGCGAAGCCCACCUCCCAGAAACCGCGACCAGGACCGUCGCCGUGAUCGCAGCCGCUCACGUUCGCGUGGAGGACGCCGAGCUCGUGAACGUACCCCGCCGCCACGUCGCCGUCACAAUUCGCGCUCGAGGAGUCCGGACGGCAUCGACAGAUAUGUGCCUCCAGGUGGAGUCGCCGAAGCUGCAACCGCAGAUGGUGCUGCUCCCGUUCCUGCUGCCGGAGCUCCUGCGGCAACCACUGAGCCUCGCAAUGCUGAGCCUCGCAAUGCUGAGCCUCGCAAGCGUGACGACAGCCGCGACCGAGAUCGAGACCGUGACCGCAAGCGUGAUGACAGCCGUCCCCGAAAGCGCGACGAUAGCCGACCGCGGAAACGAGAUGACUCUCGCGACCGCAACAGGAGCUACCGAUCUCGCGAGUAUGAUCGCUGGGAUGGUGGCCGAUCUCGGGCAAACCGAUUUGACGAAUCAGAUCGGUAUAUCCCUGGAGGCGGCGGUGGUGACAAGAAGUCUGACAAGAAGACGAGGGAUCGGAGUCGAAGCCGUGAUAGAGACAGGGAUAGGGAUCGUGGUAGGGAUGAUCGUGAUAGGCGAAGGCGUGUGA